AUGGAUCCCGCGUCCAGCGAGAUCCCUUCGCCUCCCCCCGCGGACGGCGGGCAAUGCACGGCUCCCGCAUCGAUAGUUGCGUUGGAUGCGAUGGAUGUCACUCAGCUCUGCCGUACCGCAGCCUCCAUGCUUGGCCCAGACGAAAUGAUCCACGACGCGGACUUCAGCCUGUACGGUGCCAUGUCCGCCCUGGAGCUCAUGGACACCAAGAUGGACAAGCCUCCUCCUGUGCUUGAGUCGUUAGAUCAGAGGAUCGCGUCAGGCGCACUCCCGACAAACCUGGACGCUUCGGUGCCGCCACUGCCACCACCACCGCAACCACCAUCAUCGCCGGCACCGCCACCCAACCCCCGCGAAGAAGCAGCUUCUUCGUCGCCUUCGCCGGCAACGGGUUUCCAAACGCCGGGGGUACCGCCCCACCCCUCUUCCUUCAGCCCCAGCCAGCGGACUCUGUCCGUGCUGGACGGGAUGUCGGUGUGCGAGGUUGCCUGGCACGAGGGGGGUUCGCUGCCGGAGACGCUGUACGCCUGCCUUUACCUGCAUCCCGCCGUGUUCUCCGCCGUGCUGCGGGGACUUGGCUGGCCGCUAGAGCAGGCGCCUGGAUCCUCGAACGCUCGAACUAGCCUGGAUUUGAGGAUCAAGGAAGGCAACUUCCCUUGGAAACCAGUGGACCGGGCGCUGACCUUGGCGGUCUUGGCGCAGUCCCUGGCGACGCUGCGGUGCUGCUCCCUGGCCCGCGACGUCAUGAUCCUCGCCGACAUCUUUGAGGAGGAGGACUUCUACCCCAGCACCUUCGGGUUUCGCCUAGCCCCCCCAGUGGAGGACGAAAGCCUGACGGACCUUUUGGCCCUGGCGGAGGCGGCGAUGAGAGCGAGGAUUAAAUGUGCGGAGCCCCUUAGACAAACCGGCGGUGCAGGAGGGGGAGACAGCAGAAGCCCUGACGAGUGCAUCGUCGCGCACCUCGAGUCGCGAACACAGCUGUUGCGGGCCUGCCUAGCCCUCCGGGACGCUUUCACCAACAAGCAGCGCUUGAAGCGUCUUAAGGCCCUCGAGAAGCGGAGGGCGGAAGAGCCCGCUCAUAAAACCGCAACCGCCGUCGCCGGCGUCAGCGGCACGCCGACGACGGAAGGGGCGGCGGAGACAACAGCAGCAGGAGGAGGAAGAGGAGCCUCAGCAGCGAGCGGCGGGUUGACGGCGGGACAAAAGAACGGCAGCGGGGAGGCGACGACAACAAGUGGGCCAGAGGACGAUGUGGAGGUGGACAGUGAGGUCGUCGCGGCGGCGACAGGGCUAGCGGCGAUCUCCAUCGACAGCCGUUGUCCGGCGAAGGCGGUCCAGCCGGAUGGCGGGGGCACGGCGGAGGGGGAUGGCAGGGUAGGUACUAGUUCAGUGGCGAGCGCGAUUGGCGGACGGGACGGGGAAGAGUGUGGUGCCGAGGCGGGUUCGGCGGAGGUGAAGGGGGGGCAAGAGUUCCCGGCAGCGGAGAACGGUUGUGGCGAUGCCGUCGGGCUUGUGGUCGAGGGGCGAGCGAUGGGAACGACAGGGGGAGGACCGGGGGGGACGGCCGGGACGGCCUUGGCUGCACCGUGCGCGGGAGAAGUUACAGAGAGAAAAGGAGAGGAAGGAGAAGAAGAAGACGAAGGAGAAGAAGAACACCAACAACGUUCGGAGAGCGCGUGUGAUGACAUCGAGACGCCGCUGAACGGGAUUGCGCGGUGCGGGGAUCACCUCCGCGCCGCCGCCCUCGCCCUCGAGUCCCUCCUCGCGAUAGAGGCAUAUGUACCAGGAGGAACCUCUGCCGAAACGACGCACGAAGCGGCGCGAAAUCGGCCGCCUGUAGGAGGCGGCGUGGCCGCAGGAGCGGGAGCCGUUGCACGAUCAGCGGCAGCGAACAGGCAGGGUAACGGGGGCAACAGAAAAACGCCUCCUCUGCCGCCGGUCAGGCUCGGCGGGGAUGCGGGGGGAUUCGCAUUCGAGGCGGAGAUGAACCGGCACUUGCUAGGCUCUUCGCCGCAGCACCACGUCCACUUUCGGAGGGGGCGCGCGGAGGGGCCGCGGGCGCUGCUGCUGCUGGCGCGGGAGGUCGAGCGGGCGUGCGGGAUAAUUCGGUGCGACGACUUGUUGGACGUGCGGCGGAGUCUCCUGCGGUUGUACCAACCGCCGGCGGAGAGCAAAGGGGGGCCCGCCGUCGGCACCGCGAGCCUGUUCGCGCGGUCGGUGGCGGCGGUCUGCCUCUACCGGCAAGAUAUGGUGCUGGGACGGUUCGACGUGAUGUGGUUUGUUGCUGAGGCGAUGACCGAUGUCGGGGUGCCUGACGCGGUGGUGAACUCCCCCUCCGGGAUGGCGUUCCUUGAUCGGGUCGGCAAACCCGUGUACGAGACUCUCCGCACUCUGUGCCUCAACCGGGGGAGGCAGCGCAUGUCCCUGGAGCUGCAGAUGCAGGACUGGCGGACGCUCCAAGCCUACGCGAACACGGUCGACGACGCCUUCCAGCUACAGUACGGUUUGGGGGCCGGCACCCAGCGGUACAUGUCCAAGUGGGCUCUCACGGAAGUCCUGUGUCUCAUGCACCGCUACUUGCAGAUCGGCAUGGAGCUACAGCUGCCGUCCGCUCACGAGUGGUCUGGGAUUUUCUGGUACUGGGACUACGUUAUGACCACGAAGAUGAUGGCGGAGGGGAGCCUGAAGGAGUCCAAGGACCAGCUUGAGGCGGUGAAGGCCCAGAUGGAGGAAGAGCGGGUGAUGGCGAAGGAGUUGCAGAAAGUCGCGCAGGCCGCAGAAGCGGCGGAAUUAGCACACGCGACCGCUUCGGCAGCCGCUGCCGCAGCACCACCGGCACUGUCAGGCGGAGGAGGGAAGAAGUCGAAGAAGAAGAAACGGGGCGGGAACAAAGCUAAGAAGCCGGAUGCGGCGGCGGAAGCUGCUAGCCCUGGCCCUGAGGCUAGCCCUGCGGAUUCAGGGGCGGAGGGGAGGGGGGUGAACGGGGUCGGGGGGAGUUGUGCGAGAGGGAAGAAGGAGGAGGCGGCUUGUGCGACCACCGGGGCACAGAAGACACAGCGCGAGAUUAGCUGGGCGAUAAGGAGGGACUGGGAGACAGCGGACAUGAAACUCCGGCAGUUCUUGUGCCGCGGCUCUGUCAGGCUCAUUGCCGGGCUGGAGUCGCUGGGGAUGAUGGGGCAGAAGGCUGGGGAGUGGUCCGAAUUCCGCUUCACGUCUCCGGAGAUCAUACACCGCGAGAGGUUCAGGGCGUUCCAAGCGCUGGAGGUGAGAAAGACGGUUCGUGCUUUUGAUGGGCUGGAACAGGCUCUGUGGCAGAAGGAGCACGGCAUGCUUCUGGUGUGCUUUUUCUCGAGCAUUCGUUUUUCGUUUGAUCUUGUCGCGAGCGUCGACCUGGCGAUUUGA